AUGUGGAGCGGCCGAUGCCAAGACGAGUCCUGGACCGACUGCUGAGGAACGAAGCUGGCGCAGGCCGCCUGCAGCGUCACGAGUCAUGCUGGAAAUGCUUCAUGCGAUGCUUUUGCCUGACUCCGAGCCGGGAAGUCCACUUCGAAGCAGCGCAGGCUCAGCACGCAGCGGUCGUGCAGUCCCUCGCGCUAAUAACAGCUGAGUACUCACAUGGCUCACCCAGCUUCGCCACCUGGACUGCCGGCUUAAAAGCCUUGCUGACAAAAGCGCAGGAGGAGGAAGAUGCUGAGUUCGACCGCCUCGCCCCGUCUGCAUGCGAAUGGCCAGCCUUGAACAAUGUUGUGAAGCUGGCAGUCGCGCCGCCUGAAGGGAAGAGCGAGGUGAGUGAUGGUCUCCUCUUGGACGUGGCACGUUUAUCUGCUCAUGCGGCUCGCUUUGCAUUGGCCGCCUACUCGAACAGGCUCUACAGACUAGUUGCGCCUGGGGCAGCUUGUUUGACACUGGCCUGCUGUAUGUCUGAACGUCGAGCUUUUGUACGCAUGAGCGGGAUCAGUGACGACGACGUGCUGCUUGCCGAAACGGUGGCUCGUCCAUUUAAACCUGUUUGGUGGAUCUGUCGUGACCGUGCAACCUCCACAAUCAUGGUCGCCAUUCGCGGCACUUUCAGCAUGUCAGAUGUGCUUUCUGACGUGCUGGCCACACAAACACUGUACAAGGAGCAUGUGAUACACGAGGGCGUGCUAGCAAGUGCACGCUGGGUAUACAGCAAAGUGGCGCCAGUUCUGCGCAGAGAGUCGGAAGGAGGGAAGAUUGUCAUCACAGGGCACAGCUUGGGCGGAGCGGUUGCGGCAUUGCUGGCGUGGUUACUUCGUGAGGAUGCUGGCCUGCCGGCGCGAGCCUUUGUCUUCGGCGUGCCACAGGUCACUGACGAAGCGCUUGCCCGGAAGAUGGCAAGGUUCGUUACCGGCAUCAUCCAUGCGAGGGACAUUAUCCCAAUGCUGUCGCAAAAGUCUGUGGAAGAUCUACGCCACCAGGUGGCAGAGGCCGCGCAGACGCCUGAAGAAAAAUUGCUGGAGCUGCAAGCGGUGCUCGCAAAUUUCCAUCUCCCGACCGAGCCAGCGUUAUUGCAAGAUGCUCUCUCGCAGCGGCACUUUCAGGCUCCAAGCCCUCGGCGUCAUACCAGCACUUCCACUUCUACGACGGUGUAUGAAGAUGCUCCAAGUGACGUUGCGGAGCUGCCUGCGAUUCCGAUGCACAAUCCAGGAUGGCAGCUGCACUUAAGAAGACGUGCGCUUGGGGCACGAAGCCGCGAGUUCAAGCCCAUCCUGUGGAGAAGUUCGAUGGAGGACUUCCUGAUCACCGUCUCUACGUCCGGCUUGGACUAUGUGGCAGGAUCAUUGGCCGCAGGCUUUUUGGAUCUUGCAAAGUUGAGAAAGAGUGCUUUUGCGUAUCCGCCCGUCAUGGAGCUUCGUCUUUUCUUUCUGUUGGCUGGCUUUUGGAGGGCUUCCGCUUGGUGCCGGCCAAGGGCAGGCAGCUGCGAGGGCAACCUGCAGGAGCGGAAGCGCACCGAGCUCCUCCAUCUAGGCCAUGGCGCUAUGAAUCAGAAUGAGCUGUGGGCAUUCCCACAGGCAGUGGAUUGGGAUGACGAUGGCCACAGCGAGCUCAUCGUUCUCCAGUGGGAUGACCUGGCUGAAAGCGGCGACUUGACUGCCACGACAAAGUGGCGGUGGGAUGACCCGCCGGGAGAGCGGAGACACUGCUUUGUCAGGUACUUUAGGCAGGAUGAAUGGCAGCUAAGCGAGCAACUCGGGGAAGAGAAUCCUUUCAGAGAUCUUCGGUUUCAGAUGAAUUCCACGAAUGUAGAGCCUGCCUUCACAGUUGUUGACUGGGAUGGAGAUGGCGACCUCGACUGGAUACUACGGGACGACGAGGGUUUGUGGUUUUUGGAGUUCUCUGCUGGCACCCUUCGCAGCAAGUCUCCAAUCCGGCUCUUUGACAAUCUCGGCCAGGCAAUACCCGGUGUCUUGGCAGCAUCAGACUGGGCCAUGCAGCCUUUCGCUGCUGUGGAUUGGGAUGAAGAUGGCGACAUGGAUCUGUUCAUCAGCGAUCCGCAACAAUCCUGGCCACUUGAGAUCCUUUACUUUGAAAGGGCCAAUGAAUCUGCCUUGGUGCAAGCCCGAAGUCCUCUGGCUGGUUUCGAGGCUGAUUCCGUGAAGAGCAUGGUUGUUGCAGAUUUUGACGGUGAUGGAGCAAAGGAUGUUCUGUUCAGCCGCUCCGACUUUUAUUUAUGCGAGGGUGCUAUGCUCGGCUUCCUGCAUGGUACCGAGGAUGGGAACUUCGAGGACUGGAGUCAGAAUGCUCGUGCGAACCCCUUUUCAGGGGUCGAAGGUGCCGGAUCUCAAGACUGCACCGACUUCAGCGGCGCUGCCUUGGCAUUGGUGGACGGGAACCAGAACGAGUUGUUGGAGCUGCUGGUUGCCACCAGUUCACGCCUCUUCCUGUUCUCGUGGCACUUUACCAAGCAGCUGGUGGAAAGAACAAACGGGUACACUCUAUUCCACAUCAACAGAAGGAUGGCGCAUCCUGCCGUUGCAGAUUGGGAUGGGGAUGGGAUCAUGGACUUGAUCCUCGGGUCGAAGUAUGGACGUGUCGAGGUUUUUCCACGCCAAGAGGACGGCAGGUUAGGUGACGGGGAAGCCGUUCUUGAGCUGAAGGAUGCCUCGACUGCCCGGCCCGUCGUCCUUGAUUUCAACAACGACGGCCUCAAUGAUCUCAUGGUUCCCCAUGCUACAUGGGACGGAAGCGAGCUCAUCUAUUUCGAACGCCAGCCGAACGGAAGCUUGGAAGAGAAGUUCCGGCUCAAACCGAAUUGGGCAGUUUGCUUUGCAGCAGCUGUUGCAGACUGGAGCGGGGAUGGACAUUUGGAUCUUCUGCUGCCCUGUAGCAACGAAACUUUUUCAGCACACUUGGUCUGGCAGUUCUUUCAGCAGCUUCCUAACGGCUCCUUCCAGCAUCGCCCAGCGCCUGUAGCUGACUUGGAUGAUGUCUCUGCUGGCUUGUCUUACGUGUAUGUGCAGGCUAUCGACGUGAAUUCGGAUGGGACAGCAGACCUGCUGAUGAGGGACGGCCCGGCAUGGCGUCUGUUUCUAUCACAGCCAGAUGGACAGUUGAUAGAAGUGAAUGCGAGUGAAUCCUUGCAUCUUGUCAGAGAGUUGCCAGAGCUGGGUGUUGGAGAGACCUUCGUCCUAGCAGAUUGGGACUCGGAUGGCGAUGUGGACCUGCUGACGGCUGCAGGGCACAGGGAUGGCGGUGAUAUUCGUCACUUUGACAACGGCUACUGCCGACUAGAUCAAGCCUGCACCGGCAGGGGGGCCUGUGGCCACAGCUCGGGCAAGUGCACGUGCUUUGUAGGGCACUCCCUGUCGGAUUGCUCCGAAUGCAGCAAGGGAUACUUUGAUCCACUGCGGGUCAAUGUUGCAUUCCCAGCAAGAGAGCUGAUCCGAGAGUGUUUGGCAUGUCCGGGCGCGCCUGGCGCCAUGCCAUGCUCUGGCCGUGGUUUCUGCAAUGACGAUGCAUCAACGAGGGAUAAGCACAGCAAAAAUGGAACUCGUUCGACCGUCUAUGGGGACGGCACUUGCAAUUGCCUAGCCCCCUUCUCUGGAGAGAGGUGUGAGGUGGGCCUGUGUCUUCCAGGCCACAAGUAUGUGCAGGAUUCCAUCCUGUGGUGCGAGCCCUGCGAGCCAGGGUCUUUCGUUGACCAGCAUAGUCUUCAGCGUUACUGCAAGGGCUGUCCGGGAAACAGCUAUGCCAGUCAUCCUGGCAGCGCUCGAUGCCUCCCUUGUCAAGCCUUCUGGUGGAGGAUGUCCGUGACAGCAGACAAGACCAGCUGCCAUGUGUCCUUCAUGAACGUGUGCGCCUUUACCAUCAUCCUCUUGCUGUCGUUCCUGUUCUUCGCCAUACUCUCACACUUGGCAUGCUGUUCCAUGCCCGUUGAGGAUGUGCAGCUGAAGGAUGGCAUCCUCAGCCUUUCCACCCGAGGACGUCAUUGGCUACUACGGCCUGCGAGAGUUGCCUUCAAAGACACGGGGCAUCCUCUCCUGGAUGACAAUCCCUACCUGGUCGAGGUGCAGAGCGACCGCGAACUCAUUGUCUGUGACUCGCAAGGUGUUGCGCUGUCGCUCUCAGCGGAUGCGUCCCAAGGCACAUGCCACAUCCACCGCCUAGACAGCCUUUGGCGAAGGGGAGUCGUUGGGGUUCCUUUCCUCCUGUGCCUCGGGCUGCUUGGCAUCCUCUUCGCAACCGCCUUCUUCCUCCUGGGCGCCGUAGCCUUUGAUGCAGUCAUGGCUCUGGCAGGUCUCGCCCUCGCCGCCUUGGUUCACAGGUGGACUCAUCCGACCGAUUGCGAUCUCUGUCGAGACCGAUGCCUCUUUGCUGCCCGGCUACGCACCCACCAACCUCAGGCUUGUCCCAAAGGCCCAGAAAGGGGGCUCGCAUUGGGCAAGAUUCAAGAGCUCCACGAUUUCUUCAGUGCCUACAUCGGUCUUCAUCGGAACAUGUACUAUCUCUGCAGCAACAUCGUGAAGCCCCUGACUGCCAGAGACCAGCUGUCCUAUGCAGAGUUGGCAGGGCCCUGCGCGGUGGCUUUCUUCGUCUCUCACUACUGGGGCAUGCCAUUUCAGCACUUCCUGGAGUGCUUGAAGGGACAUGCUGUGGAUCGGACAACCAGCUACUGGAUCUGCACCUUCGCGAACAACCAGUGGAAGGUGGCCGAGGAGUUGGGCAAGGACGUCCUUUGCUCACCCUUCUACCUGGCUUUGCGAAGCACUUCCUGUCAGGGCACUUUGGUCGUGCUCGACGAGGAGGUGCUUCCCUUAACCAGGUCCUGGUGCCUCUUUGAGCUCUUCCAGACGGAGAUGCUCAGCAGAGAGCGUGGCGGAUUCCAGGGGCUUCUGCUUGGGACCUCCACGGGUGUCAUGAACCACGGCCAGAGCAGUAUCGACCUGGCCCUGAAGAUCAGCAAGAAGCUUUCCACUUUGCGUCUCCAGGAGGCCCAGGCCAGCUGCCCCAAGGACAAGCGCCUCAUUGACGAAGCGGUGGCAAACCACCCGGGUGGCUUCGAAGCUGUGAAUUCCUUCCUUAUUAGCUCCGUGCAGGCGGCCCUGUAUCAGACGGAAGCACGUUUCCGAGAGGAUUUUGCUCGGCUGCAUCAGGACCUCGGACACACUGCGGCGCUGGCGGAAGAUGCAGGCCACGCCACUCAACCGAACCCGACGCUGCUGACUAGCCACGGAAUGCAGGGCAAGGAUGAGGCGGACGAGCGCUCAAUCAGCAGCCUGGGCUUACCGCAAGCUGCACGGGUGCAGGCCGGCGGUGCGCACUCUGGGUGCGAUUUGCGACAGGCUCUGUGCCGAGUCGAGAGCUAUUUUGAGCCUUCAGCAUCGCUGCGAAAGGACAUGGCAAAGCUCCAUGAGCCUCCUGCGGAAUGCAAGGAGUCACUCGCCGCUCUUCGAGGCCUCGUGGGCCCUCAUGCUUCUCAAGAGCAGCUGGAAAACCAGUUGCAGCGCUUCUCCAAUGAUCCUAGAAAGGCUGCAAAUGGUUACUUUCGCUCAGCGUGUUCGGUCGAGCUCCCCUUUGACUUCGAGCCCAGACCUUUGCAGCUGGGAUCCUACUAUUUAGGGUGCUAUAUUAGGGUCCCUAUUUUCGGAAACCCCCAGGUCAUGGGAAGUGCUUGGCAUGAGCUGGAUUCCCCCCUCUUUCCGGCUUCUGUGAGCGUGUUCGGUGAGGUGCAGAUUUCAAUUUGUCGCGCUGUAUCGGCACAUGCCCUCCAGUUUCAUGUGGACCCCGACUUUGUCACACGUGAUUCACCUGAGGUGCACCAACCGGAUGCCUUGGGCGCAGACACGGAAGCCUGCUCGCAAAGUGGAUACACAUCAGGUGACCUGAAGGCAAAGUCGGUUCAGUCCAAGCCUUUCGACAAGUUCAAGCACAGAUGGCGCCAGGUAGUACACGACUGGGCACUGCUUCCUGUGGAGAGGAGUUGGCCAAAAUUUGUCCGAAUUGCCGGCGGCUCAGCAAACGCCAUUGUACCAAUCGUCUACGGCUUCCCGAGCGAGCGGUGGUACGAUCCGAUGUUGAAAAGAAGUGUUGAUUGUAGAUCCCUGGUUCUCACAGAGGCUGCUGGCUUGCAAACGCCGGAAUGGACCGAGAAGCUGUUUCCUGUAGCAGACGACGUGAACUGUAUGUUUGGCGGCCGACGAAGCUAUCGACGAGAACGUGGCGAGACUGAGCCUCGCGACAUUGACAGGCCGGGAAGUGUGAACUUUUCGCUUGACCCUUCUGUCUUUGCUGCUGCCCUUGCCCUGGACCGAGUAUUUCGGUACCGCAUGUGGAAGGCCGAUGGUGCCGUUCACAUCAUCACCCUCAAUCGCCCUGAAGCUCAGAAUGCCUUGACCAUGGACAUGCUGAACGACAUAGCCUCUGUGUUUCUGAGCCUUCGAAGCGACAGCAAGGUUCGAGCUGUCAUACUUACAGGCUCCGGCCAAAAGGCUUUUUCUGCAGGCAUUGAUCUGAUGAAGGCAGAUGGGAUCUUCACCGGCUACUUUCCGACCCCGAAGGAACAGGAUCCGCGAGUGCAGAUCGAGACAUUUCCCUGGCCAGUGAUCUGCGCCGUGAAUGGCUUUGCGAUAACAGGAGGUUUUGAACUGGCACUGGCUUGCGACAUCCUGAUAGCAAGUGAAAAUGCAAGCUUUGCAGAUACCCACGCCAAAUUCGGCAUUGCUCCAGCCUGGGGCUUGAGCCAGAAGCUGACGCGAGUCAUGGGGCCCAGCAGAGCUAAAGAGCUACACUUCACUGGUCGGUUCCUCAAAGCUCAGGAGGCCGUUUCCUGGGGACUGGUGAACUCUGUAGUUCCCGCAGACAAGCUGAUGCCGCACUGCCUGGCCCUAGCAACCGAGAUGACGAAGAUGAACCCCAAUAUGCUUCAGAUGCUGAAGCGGACCAUUGAUGAUGGGUAUGGCAUGAGCUUCAAGGAUGGUUGUGCAAACGAGCAAGAGGUGGCCUUCAAGUAUUACAAAGCCAUGGGAAAGGAGCUCUUUGAUAGGAUGAAGAAGUUCAUCAUGUCCAGAAGCAAAGAGGGGCAAUCAAAGCUGUAA